AUAAUGCUUGUAGGCUUCGGUUAUCUUUUGCUCAUCCUUGAAAAUGGGAGCGGAGGAGGAGCAACAGCCGAAGGAGAAUGGCGUUGGCGAGCUUGGAAUGGGGCAGAGGCUCAACCCCAUCUCGGAUGCUCAGUUCCAGGCCUGGAAGCGUCGAAAGGAUGCUGAAACCUCAGCUAGAAAAGCAGAAGUAGCUCAGAAACGUGCCGAAGAUAUAAUUUCAGGAACAAUGCCGAUGAACGGACGCGAACUUUUCAAACAUGAACCUUGGGUCUUCGAUAAUUCCCGCUACUGAGGUCAUUGUUAAGGUGUUUGUUAUGAAUAUUUGUGAUUCCUGAGAUAUUUCUAAUUGUUUCUUGUAUGCUUGUGCUAUGUUAUUUUUCAAUUUUAACUACACUCAAUGUAUCACUUUUUUUUUUCUUUUAACUACACCCAAGAGUAAUUAGUGUA